CUCUAAUCAUAUACUCAUCUCUGUAUAUAAUAAGCCUCAAAUGACCUUUUUAUAUAACCCACAACUUUCACACCCACACACACAUACGAAAAUGGAAACAGGAUUCGAGAAAUUUGAAAGCAAGCCACAUGUGGCGUUGAUACCAUUUCCAGCACAAAGCCACAUCAAGUGUAUGCUGAAACUAGCAAGGUUACUACACCACAAGGGCCUGCAAAUAACCUUCGUCAACACUGUGUAUAACCACAACCGAUUCCUCAAGUCCGGAGGACCCGACUGUCUCGAGGGUGCACCAGGGUUCCAGUUCGAAACCAUUCCCGAUGGUCUUCUUUAUGAUCACAGCAACGUCGAUGCAACUCAAGACAUGAGUCAACUCUGCAACUCUCUUCGAACCAACUGCUUAUCUCCCUUUCUUGACCUUGUCGCCAGGCUAGAGAACCCAGUUACCUGUAUUAUAGGUGAUGGGUUCAUGCCUUUCACUGUUGAGGCUGCUGAGAAGCUUAGAGUACCAAUCUUUCAUUUCUGGACUGUUGCUGCGAGUGCUUUCAUGGGGUUUUACCAAGGUCCACAUCUUGUUGAAAAUGAAGUUAUCCCACUUAAAGAUGAAAGUUGCUACACCGAUGGGUAUCUCGACACAGUAACAGAUUGGAUUCCAGGAAUGGAAGCUUUCACUUUGAAGGAUCUUCCUGGUUAUGUUCGAACCAUAGACCCAAAUGACGCAGGCUAUAAUUAUGUUUUGGAGUCUGUCAAGGCAACUAGGAAGGUUUCACGUAUAAUCCUCCAUACAUUCGAUGAAUUAGAGUCCACUGUCAUCCAAGCCCUAAAACCCAUGUAUCCAUACGUCUACACAAUCGGACCAUUGCAGUUACAUCUAAAUCAGAUAACCAAUUCGGAAGAAACAAACAAGUUGGAUAUCAAUGGCUCCAGUCUAUGGAAGGAAGAAACCGAAUGCCUGGAAUGGUUGCAGUUGAAGGAACCAAAUUCUGUGGUUUACGUCAAUUUUGGAAGCAUAACAGUCAUGUCUUUACAAGAGUUGCUAGAGUUUGGUUGGGGACUUGCGAAUAGCAAUUAUUCUUUUCUUUGGAUCAUCAGGCCUGAUUUGGUUAUUGGGGAGUCUGCUAUCUUGCCUCAAGAAUUCAAAGAGGUGAUUAAAAAGAGAGGUUUUAUAGCAAGUUGGUGUUCACAGGAAAAGGUGUUGAACCACCCUUCGGUUGGUGGGUUUUUGACUCAUUGUGGUUGGGGUUCGACCAUUGAGAGCUUAUCAGCUGGGGUUCCCAUGAUAUGUUGGCCUUUUUAUGCAGAUCAAUUCACUAACAGUAGGCAAAUGUGCAAGGAAUGGGACCUUGGCAUUGAGAUUGGGAGUAAUGUGAAUAGGGAUGAAGUCGAGAAGCGUGUGAGGGAAUUGAUGGGAGGAGUUGAGGGUAAACGAGUGAGGAACAAGGCUGAGGAAUGGAAGAGAAUUGCAGAGAUUGCAACAAGUCCAAAGGGCUCAUCUUCUUUGAAUGUUGAGAAACUUGCCACUGACAUUAAUAUGUUUUCAAGAAACUAG